UCAUAGGGCCUUUCAUCACGUAUCCCCUAGCGCAAACCAUCCUGUGCCCCAAGUGAUCAGAGCCAAACAGGCCAGAGGGCGAAGUUGUUACUACAUCAGAAAUCAGACGGCAAUCAAGCCACAUCGAUUAGCAGUGGAUCUCGUCAGUUUUCCUGAACCGACUGAUCGAUGUCACGGUGUAAAACCUGCAUUUCCGAAAUCUUCUGGGAAUAGUUUUAUUUAUGGACGACACAGAGGACUGGUGAGGUGUCUACCUAGGAAGCGAACAAAUAAUUUAGGACAUUUGGCAAUAGGUGGAGUUCGACUAUUAAGAGUUACGUGCGUACGGUGCUUAAUCACAUAACUAACUCGCGUUUGACUUCGCCAUCGAGUUUAGUAAAAACACACGCGGAGGAAGCAUGUGGGCUCUUGAGACAUUGCUUCUCGUCAUAUUCAUCGUUUUAGAACAUGAAGUGAAUGGAUUGCCAGUAAAACCGGGUUGCGACCCCGAUAAAUUGGACGAAUGCGGCUCAGAGUUGGUUAUUUUUGGAACAGGACAUCGUAUUCCAGAAACCGAGGAUGAGCUUCGCCAGCAGUGCAGAAUUGAGCGGGAAGCUGAAAUGUGCGCCCGUGAAUUCGCUAAGGAAUGCCUCCCUCCUCUACCGCGGGGAAUGGUGAUCGUUAUACUCGAAGGUAUCAGCCAAGAAGUGACUUGGAAAUGCAAUCCGAACCACACUCUUCAUCAUGAUUUCAUUCGUCAUGCUUCGUGCAUGAACAAGAUCGGCCACACGCUACAUCGCUGCAUGACCAAUCUUACCCUGAAGCUAGAUUAUAGUGCUGGAGUAGAGCCCCACCUUCGAGUUGGACGGUCAUGCUGUAAUUUCCAGGAGUACAUCACAUGCUCAUCAAAGGCCGUCGAGAAAUCUUGCGGGAAAGAAGCUGGCGAAUAUAUCCGAAAAUUGUUGACGCGGUCUGCUGGCGACUUCAUUGAGAUUGCCUGCGUAAAUCAUAAAACAGACGCUCCUGCGUGUCGGAAAGUGAACGCGCAAGGUGGAAUUAGCUCGAACAAUGUCAACUAUCGCAUCGGACAACUGAAUGAGGUGAACUCAAACAGGUCGAUGUCGCUUCUUUCGCCUCUGGCGAAACUCGUUACUGCUGAGGGAUAAAAAAUUAAGGGCCGAUAACCCUCAUGAGUAACUGUCGCUCUCGAUUUGGAUUCUUGAAGAUGAUAUCAUUAGACCGGACUGCCAAACUGCCGUUUACGAGAAAUACAGCGUUACCGAUCCAGCCACACGAUAGGAAUUCUAAAAAGCCCCUUUUUUUACUACCUACGGAGCACUUCGAUACAGCCACUCGAGCAGAAAGUUUUUUCUAUCUGUGCGCUAAGAACUGCGAACACAUACGUAGACCGACCUCUGCAUUUAUUACUAUGCGGAACAUUAUAAUAUUAUUAUUAUGAAAUUAUGCGGAAUUCUUAUUAUUCCUACCGUCUGAGCUAAAGCCGUAAUGACAUGUAUUAUUAACGCGCUUGCUCAGCAGCAUUAAGCGCAUAGAGAUGUCCUUUUGUUAUUGACAGCGAUAAAAUAUGGUUGGUAGCUGCGCUCGCAGAAAUCAAUUCAUAAGUCGAAGUAUAUAGAGGAAGCUUCUUGAAUGAAAAGUGGGCCUGAAGAACUGACAACUUACUGUGAACAUUACAACUGGAGAUGCGAUUGUUAUACAUUCUCUCCGCUUGUCUAGUUAGUUAUUUGUGUUUGUUAUUGUUGUGUCGUCCUUUUGGAAUAACUUCGAAAAUACACAAACACACACAGAGUCUUAAAGAUGUAGUAGUAUUGAAGUAUUUUGCUAAGUCUGUCUAUCAAACCAUGUAGCCUUCAACUUUAUGUAUAUGUAAUGUUACUCAUGACGUCUUCGGACAUUGUAAAUAUUAAAUGACUGAAUAAAUGAAUAUUUCUCCAAACAUACACAU